AUGAUGUGGAAACGGUACAAAGUCAUCGAGAAGCCCGGUGGGUUGGGUGAGGUCGUGCAGGUGGUGGUGCGCGACAUCGGCGUCAACUCCGGUGAGAACACGCCGCCGCUGCAUGUCGCGCCGCUGCGGGAGUGCCCGGCAGCGGUGAUGGUGGCCGCCGCUCGCAGGGAACCGUGCUUAGCGUGCGCGCGCAGUGAGGCGCGGGUGCUGCAGCUGGAGGCGCAGCUGCGGCGCAUGGAGCAGCAGGUGCAGGUCAACAACGUGCUCAACGCGCUGCUGAGCAGUCUGGAAGCACAGCACGCGACGAGUGCGUCACGGCGGUCCGGCAACCCGACGAUCCCCAACGUGUCACGAAGAGUCUCGCCAGGGCGGCAGCGGCGACGAAAACACGAACACAAGCAGCAGCAGCAGCAGCAACAGCAACAAGGUGGAGAAGGCAGGGANCGGCAGCGGCGACGAAAACACGAACACAAGCAGCAGCAGCAGCAGCAACAGCAACAAGGUGGAGAAGGCAGGGAUAGGGAGGAGGACGAUAGCGAGGAGGAGCAUCCUACGCUACUGGAAAUGAUGACGGAGGAACUGCGGCGCCAGGACUUGCUGCAUGCCCUUAUGGAGCUGUUGGAGCGUCCCACGAUGGAGGAGGCCACCCGCUUUGCCGAUGAAUCUCUCCCCGAACAGGUUAGGGUGCUCAGCAGCUCCCGGCCACCUUGA